AUGGAACAAAACACUGGAAAAAGGAUUGUUUUAACCUCAGAUUUCUUGUUAAAAAGCUAUGUUGAAGUGCAAAGAGCUCCUGCAGGACUUUGGAAUGAGAUGAAAGAGCAGCCAUACAACUCACUCAUAUCAUCAUACUACGUAAAGCCAGUCAAUUUUGAGCAAAAUCCAUACGCCCUUCCUCAGCAAGCCUACACCAAGAAUACCAACUUCUAAAAAGGAGGGUAUAAAAGACCAAACAGAGAUUAAAAUGAAGAAACCAAAAAUGAUGCCUCUGGAUUCACUAGAAACUUCUAACCAAAGGUUGAAAAGCCUAAAGUAGCAGAGAUCGAAGAAAUAUAGAGGAACGUUUAGACUCAGCCUGAUGAGCCUGCAGAAUAAGACGAGGACUUUGAGGUUGUUAAAGAGAAAGCCAAAAAGGAAAAAUCUUAUAAAUCAAAGAAUUAUGAUAAGAACUAAAACUUUGCUAAGUCAGGUCAGAAGAACCUUUAACCAGGCCAAGAAAAGCCAAAGAAACAAGCAAAUAAGCCUUAAGAGUAGUAGGAAUUAGCUAAAUAGGAAAAGCCUAAAGAGCAAAAACAAAUAUUUGAUGUGAUUCCUAAUUAAGAUUAUGCCAAUUUCUCAUUUGGUGGAGAAGCUCCCUUAAGCUAAAGAGGGAACAUCAAGACAUAACAAGCAGCCCCAGUUGAGAAAUUGAUUAAAGAAGAUAAAUAGAUUAAAGAAGAAAAGGUUUAAGAGCAAAAAGUUGAAGAGAUCAAAGAAGUAGUGAAGGAGACAUAAAAAGAAAUUUAACCAACUCAAGAGAAAAAACCAAAAGAAGAGGUCAAGAAGACUGAGCCUCAAUAGCAAGCACCUAAGGAAAAGUAGGCUGAGAAAAAGGCUGAAUCAGCCCCUAAGAAGUAAGAAGAAAAGAAGCAAUAAGUAGCAGCUCCUAUUGAACAACAACUAUCUAAAAAGCAACAAAAGAAAUAAGCUCAGCAAUAGCAGUAGCAGAAAAUAUAACAACAAGCCGAACCAGACUUCAAAAUAGAAUAUUCCCUUCCCAAGGAAGAGGUUAAGAAGCAAGAAAUCUAGGCUAUGUCUUUGGACUAAAUCAUGCAAUAGCAAUAGAAAGAUGCCAAAAAGAAGGCUACUCAAGAGAAGAAAUUGAAAGACUCUCAACCUAAAGAUCCCCUAUCUUUUGACUAUAUCAAGCCCAGGGAUGAAGAUAUCUUUAAGAACCCUCCAAAGAAGCAAGUUAAAACUGUUGCCAAGCCUGCUAAGUCAUCUAUUUACUAGAACUUAGACGAUAUAAUGAAGGAGCAAUUAAGAAGAUGA